AUGGAAUAGGGUGAGAUGAGAAUAUGUUAGAAACAUAAGAUGGAGAUAAUUAUAGUGGAUCUUGAAAGUAGGAUUGCUUAGGAGGAUAGAUGUUUAUGUGUGAGAUGUAUAAUUGAGAGAAUGGAUAAGAAGAGAAUGAAUUUGAUAGAUGAAACAAGGGAUAUGAUAAAAGAAAUGAAGAUAAAUGAAUAGAAUUAAGGGAUUAAGGAUAACAAGAAGAGAUUAGAUAAUUUGAAUGCAAUUGAAUAAUUAUUAAGGGAACUUAAAUAAAAUAUGGAUUAUAUAUUUGAUAAGAUAUUUAGUAAUAUUCAAUAGAAAUUGAGUUAGAUAUCCUAAGAUAUAAGUAAAAUUGAAACAUAAUCAAUUAUAUUUAAUUUUUAAGAUGAUAUUGAAAGAUUAUCUUAAUAUUAAGAAUAUUAAAUUAAUGAAUAAUCAAUUAAUUUAAUUGAAAAUGAUCAUCAAUUUAUAGAACAAAUACAAAAAUAAUUAGAGUCUUUUAUAAAUUCUGAAUAAUAUAAUAAAUUAAUGAAUAAUUAGAAUAUUAUAAGAAAAUCUGAAUUAAAAGAGGAUUUAAUUAAUAAUGAAUAGAAAUAUGAAAUGAUAAAAACAUAAGAUUAUGUAUAUUAUUUAAUAUUUAUAAUGAAUUAGAAAACACCUGCAUUGAAAAUGAUUUGUUAAGAACAUACAAAAGAGAUUAUAAUGUUUAAUUUGAAUGGAAAUUGUAAUUCAUAACCGAGAAUGGCAUGUGUUAAAUGUAUUUAAUAAUAUCCUGCAUAAUAUACUCCUUUAGAAGAUGUUAUUAUUUAAUGGGAAUCAUAUCAAAAGAGAAAUUAAAGUAAUUUGAAUGAAUUAUAAAAUACAAGGAAUUCUAUUUAAUAGAAAAUACUAAAAAUGAUUUAAGAAGUUAAAUUAUAAAAUGAUCAAAUAUUUGAUGAAUUAAUAUAAUCAUUAAUUAAUUAAGAAUAAUCAAUAGAAUAGAUGAAUUAGAAUGAAAUGAAUAAUAAAUCAAUUUAUUAAUUAACAUCCAAUCAAAUAAAUGAAAUAAUCAAUUAAUUGAGUUAAAUUGAUAAAUUCAAAACAUAAAAAGAUCAUAAAAUGAAUAUUGAAAAGAUUGAUUAAAUAUUCUAUUCAGAUUUAAGAUCUAGAUUUGAACAUUUAAUUCAAUAUUAAUAAAUAAAUGUUUAAAGAUUCAAUUAAUUUCUGAUUAAUGAUAAUAAAGUGAUUAAUGAAAUUCAUAAUUUAUCAUAAUCAACAUAAGAUGAUUAAUAAGAAUCUAAUCAAUUAAAUUAAAUAAUAGAAUAAAUUAGAUAAUUUAUGUAGAAAUCCUUUGAUUUUCAAUUUUCAUAAAAGGUAUUUGUUUAAACUAUUGAUUAAUACAUAAAUAUCAAAGAAGGUAUGUAGAAUUUAUAAUAGAUUUUAAGUAAUAAAAUAGAAAAAUC